AUGGUUGGUCACGGUACCACGGGGAUGCUCGGUGAAGAUGGCAUCCAUGUUGAUAUGAACCAUCUGAAGAGUGGUGAAGUCAAGUACCUCGAUGUGAGUAUACCAGUUCCCUACAAUCGCCUCUGGUGGAUGUUGCUGGAUGCUAACCCGACUAGCAUGGCAAUCAACUUUAAAGAUGGAGUGAUUCUGGGUGCCGACAGCCGCACGACAACCGGAGCUUAUAUCGCCAAUCGAGUCACCGACAAACUGACGCAGGUCCACGACACCAUCUGGUGCUGCCGAUCGGGAUCCGCUGCCGAUACCCAGGCUGUGGCCGACAUUGUUUCCUACCAUUUGAACAUGUACGCCAUUGUCAACAACGAGGCCCCCAGCACCCAGGUGGCCGCGUCGCUGUUCCAGGAGCUGUGUUAUGAGAACAAGGAUAUGCUCAGUGCCGGUAUCAUCAUUGCGGGCUAUGAUCCCCGACACGGCGGUCAAGUGUACUCGAUACCGCUGGGUGGCUCGCUACACAAGCAAGCCUACUCGAUCGGUGGAUCGGGAUCGACCUACAUCUACGGAUACUGCGAUGCCAACUGGCGGGAGAACAUGACGGAAGAAGAAGGGAUCCAGUUUGUGCGGUCCGCGUUGCAAGAGGCGAUCAAAUGGGAUGGUAGCUCGGGAGGUGUGAUCCGGAUGGUGGUGCUCACGGCCAAGGGCGCGGUGAGACACCUCUAUCUGCCGGACACGGGUUAUACGGGACCGGGCGUUACCAAUUGA